UAGAUAAUUCUACAAUUAUAUAGCCUCAUUAGUCUGUGCAGAUGCCAUACUAUGAAGUGCCAUCAUGUCCGUGUCAACUUUGCACCAAAGUUGUUUAUCGUAGGGCUUUUUCUCCAGGGGUUGUUUCUCCUAGGUAAAGAACAUUGAGUUUGUUGUUGUGCGCAUGCUCGAAAGUUAUAUGGAAGUGAUAGUUACAGAAACAGAAAGACAAAAAAGGCACAAAUAUAAUGUGUAUGAAAUAGUUCCAAUUUGUCUUUGUGAAAUUUAUUAAAAUGUCGAUGAGUGAUUUGUUUGGCAGCGAUGAAGGUAGUGAAGCCAGUGAUGAAGAUUUUAACUUAACAAAGGAGAAAAUAGCCAAUGGAAAUGAAAACAAUGUAUCAUCUAGUGACGAGCAGUCUGGGGUAGAGGAUGUAAAUGAUGUGGAAGGUGAUGAAAAUGGUGAUGAUGAUGGUGAUGAUGAUGAUGAUAUGGGCCUAGAUAAAAAUGCUGAAAAUGGUGAAGAUGAGCAAGAUGAAAAUGAACAAAAUAAUGAGAACUCGGAAAAUGAAGAGAGUUCUGGGAAUGAAGAACAAAGUGACACAGAGCAAAAAGACGAGGAAAAACCAUCCUCAAAAAAUGUUUCAUCAAUGGAUCUGUUUGGCGAAGAUGUGUCAUCAGAGGAUGAUGAUGAUGAGCCGAGUGCAAAAGACCAGAAAGAAACUACAGUGAUGGAGGCUUCAACUCAAGAAGAGGAUUUUGUUGAUGAUGACACUCAUCAAGGAAAUGUUCAAUCUGAUGAUGAAGAUGCUACAGAUGAACCAGAAGAAACACAUAUUAAUAUUGAAAUUCCUUAUUCAAAAUUCAGCCUAGGAUCAGAAAUGUCUUUUGUAAAACUGCCUAAUUUUUUGAGCGUUGAGACCAAACCCUUUGAUGCUACAACUUACGAAGAUGAAUUUGAAGAAGAUGAAGUAAUGGAUGAUGAAGGAAGGUCAAGACUUAAACUUAGGGUUGAAAACACAAUCAGAUGGCGUUAUGCUAAAGAUGAAGAAGGAAAUGAUAUUAAAGAAAGUAAUGCCCGUAUUGUUAGAUGGAGUGAUGGAACUAUGUCUUUACUUCUUGGUGCUGAAGUAUUUGAUAUUCACAAAACAAAAAUUGACGGAGAGCACAAUCAUUUGUUUGUGCAACAGGGCACAGGUCUUCAAGCUCAAGCUAUAUUUCGUGAUAAGCUAACGUUUAGACCACAUUCAACAAACAGUCAGACUCAUCGUAAAAUGACGUUAUCCAUAGCGGACCGUGUUUCAAAGACUGGUAAAAUCAAAAUAUUGCCUGUCGUUGGCAAAGAUCCUGAGUCACAAAAGAGUGAGCUAAUCAAGAAAGAAGAAGAAAAGUUACGGAGUCAAUUAAGGAAAGAAAAUCAACAAAGACGAAUACGGGAACGAAGUAUUGCGCGAGGCCUGAGUGCGAGUUAUUUAGAAGGUCGAAAUGAUGAUGAUGAUGACACUUUAGAAUCUUCAGAACAGAGUCUUUUGGCCUUAAAGAGACGCUAUAAGAAAAAUAUAGCAAAAGUUCGCUUGGGGGAUGUUUACUCGGACCAAGAAAGCGAGGAUGAGGAGAUUUCCGGAGGACUGGAAAGUGAUGAUGACAGUCUUGAUAAUAGAGUUGAAAAGGGGACUGGCUCAUCUGAAACUGAUUUAACACGGCAAAAGAAACAUAGUCUCGAUGAAAGUGUGGUGAAAAAGAAAAGAAAGAAAGUAAUAGCUGAAAGUGAUGAAGAAGAAAGCGAUUAAAUAUUUCAUCAUCAUCACAGCCGUACUUUUCAGUAAUUGAUGACAGCCACGUAAUUAGCAAUAAGCCAAUAACGUGUUGUCGACCCUGUUGUAUAAGCUUUGGGUAGUAAUUGAUUGUCUUCAAACUAUCCAUACCAAAGUUUAUCUCAAGAUGAACUUUUAAUGGCGAUCGCUUACCGUCUUUAUCAGCAAAAGAGCAAGAGGCAAUACUGCAUACUUUGAGUAACGACUUACAAUUUUUGUCUUGGUCAUUUUAAUCAACGUCAUGAUAUUGUAAAUGUUGUAUAUUUGAGUUAAUUUACCAAUAAAGAUCCUGUACAACGUUGUUUAGAUUUUCUUCUUGCACUUGAAGAAUUUCCAACGUGAAGAUGUUAGUGCACUUCA